UGAAAACACUGAAUAUCAUAUACGGCCACAUUCAAAUAGUGCGGAACUCUACUGAGUCAUCAUGUUUGUUCAUCAUUCAGAAUUUGUGCCUGCACCAAAUACCAUUGGAAAUAUGGCACUGCUACCCUUACGCACAAAAUUUCGAGGACCUGCGCCUAUGAAUAUGGAUUUGGAAAAAGAUAUUAUUGACGAAGCUCUCUAUCUUUUUAAAUCACUCAUAUUUCUUCGACAGUACGAAUUAAAAAGUGAAGCUGAUCGCGUACUUGUUUAUCUCGUUCUAUAUAUUUUGGAAUGCUUAAGAAAAUUACAAAGGUGUCCAAAUAGAACUUCUGGAGCUAAAGAAUUAGCUGCAAUGGCCAUAAGUCGUUUUGAUAUACCAGGUGAUCCAGAUUUUCCUCGAGAAUUAAACAAUAUGUAUGCUAAACCGAAAAAUCCCACAGAAAUGGAAACAAUGCGCGGUUAUUUAACUCAGUUAAGACAAGAGUUAGGUGUACGAUUAUUAGAUAAAGUCUACCGUGAUGAUAAUAGCCCACCUAGUAAGUGGUGGUUGUGCUUUGGUAAGCGUCGUUUCAUGGAUCAAUCCUUAACGCCAUUGGGAGUUUUCUAAGAAAAGCGUUUUUUUUUACAUAUACUCUGAGUAUUUUAUCGUUGUUUGUUUCUCUUCUAUGACAGUAACUUUCAGUUUUUCUAAUCUAAUAUUUUUUAUUGUUUACUUGAAUAAACAGAUUGUCAAAUAAAUUUCCACUUCUCUCAUACUAAUGAUUAUCGUAUACCAAUAUCGUUCGCGGCACGUAUU